AUGAAAUCAGUGUUUUUCAGCCGCUUCUUCAUCCUGCUGCCCUGGGUCCUCAUCGUCAUCAUCAUGAUCGACAUCGACAGCAAAAGGGCGAUCCGGGCUCCCGCAGCCGGCCGGACCGCCAGGGCGCAGCGGGCCGCCCGGACCGGCGCACCGGGCGGCCCCCAGAACCAGACCGCCCUGCCGGUCAUCUACGCCAUCACCCCGACUUACACCCGGCCGGUGCAGAAAGCGGAGCUCACCCGUCUGGCGCACGCCUUCCGCCAGGUGCCCCGGUUCCACUGGAUCGUGGUGGAGGACGCGACGACGCGCACGGAGCUGGUGUCGCGCUUCCUGGCCCGGUGCGGCGUGCCGUACACGCACCUGAACGUGUUCACUCCCCGCAGGUUCAAGCGCACCGGGAUGCCACGCGCCACCGAGCAGAGGAACGUGGCUCUCACGUGGCUCCGGCAGCACCGGAGCAGGCGGGACACCGGGGUGGUGUUCUUCGCGGACGACGACAACACCUACAGCCUGGAGCUGUUUGAGGAGAUGCGUAGCACUCGAGGUGUUUCUGUUUGGCCCGUGGGAUUUGUAGGCGGCAGAGCGUAUGAGCGCCCCCUGGUGUCCGGGGGUAAAGUGGUGGGCUGGUACACCGGCUGGAGACCGGACCGACCCUUCGCCACCGACAUGGCAGGUUUUGCGGUGAACCUCCAGGUGAUCCUGGCGAACCCGCGGGCUCAGUUCAAGCGCCGCGGCUCCCAGCCGGGGAUGCAGGAGUCCGACUUCCUCAAGCAGAUCACCAAGGUCACCGAGUUGGAGCCCAAGGCCAACAAUUGCACCAGGGUGCUGGUUUGGCACACUCGAACGGAGAAACCACACCUCGCCAACGAGCCCAAACAUCGGAAAGACACUGCGAUCAUUGAGGUGUGAGGGGAGGAGCCUGAGCAUCGGAUCCUAAACCAGACACUGACUAUGGCUGCCUGUCAUCUCUUGGCCGGGACUAACGACUGCAUGGGUUGAUACAAUCUGCUCACGGUGGACACAGACUCUAAGGGAGCUGCAUGAUU